AUGGUGAAAACUCUGGAACCAGCUAAGUGUGUAGUUGUUUUUUCGGAUGAUAUUUACUCGGACAUAUUUGAUGCCAAUUGGUUCAAGAGAUUCAGAUCUGCUAUUCCAUUCAUCACGAUUCAUGCUGAAGAAUCUGAUGAUCUAUACGCUCCUAGUGAGGAAAUUCAAGAAAGUUUACUACUGGCCAAAGGAAAAGGCUGUCAAAUGUAUAUCAUGUUGAUAACUAAUGGUUUACAAGCAGCUAGAUUAUUGGAAUUUGGUGACAGAUAUAGAGCUCUGGAUACUUUAUCCAAAUACAUUCUUUUGUAUGACCACAGACUCUUUGAGGAAAAACUAUUUUAUUUGUGGAAGAAAAUUAUCAAUGUUAUCUUCAUCAGGAAAUACUCCAGUAGAACAUUCAAAAAUAAUAAUAAAAAUGACUUGAGUUGGUUUGAAAUUACAACUGUACCUUUUCCUGUUCCUAUAACCCAAGUCAUGAUUCCUAGAAGAUUGGAUAUCUGGACACAGUCGAAAUUCAGAAAAAAUGAAGAACUUUUCAGUGCUAAAACUUCUGAUUUACAAAACCAAACCCUGAAAGUGGUUCUAUUUGCUCAUAUGCCAGGUAUUAUAAAAAUGAAUACGACUCACAAAACUGUUAGAGCAAUUUUGAAAAAAAAUAGCAACAAUGCUACAUUUUCUGGAAUUGAAGCGGAAAUUCUUCAAAGCGUCGCCAAAGCAAUGAACUUCAGGUAUGAAGUUUAUGAACCUGAGAAUGCAGAUACUGAAAUGUGGGGUCAAAAAAUGGUUGGAGGGCUAUAUACUGGAUUAAUUGGAGAAAUAGUCAGUACAAAAGCUGAUAUAGCUCUCGCAGAUCUUUAUUAUACCUCCUAUAUUCUGGAUGUGAUGGAUCUGAGCGUUCCUUAUAAUACCGAGUGUCUUACAUUCAUAACUCCCGAGUCACUGAAUGACAACUCAUGGAAAACCCUCAUAUUACCUUUUUCGCCAAUACUAUGGACAACAGUGCUCAUCUCCUUAUCUCUUUGUAUCAUAUCUUUCCAUUACAUCGCCCGAUUCCACAUCAAAAUAACAGCAAUGAAAAACCAAUUGGCUGAACAAAAAUCCAGGUUACACCCUACCAAAGUACCCAAUAUAAGGAAAGUUUUAACACUGUCCCUGUAUCCCGAAGUGGAAAAACUAGAUCCUAACGUCAAGUACACCAUGAUGAAAGAAAAGUACCAGGUUAUAAGGAAUGAAGAAGACCCAGUAGGCUUAUACCAAUUCGGGGAGCCUGUGAACAGCGCCUUGUAUACUUACAGCAUGAUAUUGUUGGUUUCUCUGCCUAAACUGCCUAGUGGUUGGUCUCUCAGGGUUCUGAUCGGCUGGUAUUGGAUUUACUGCCUAUUGGUUGUCACUUCUUACAGGGCCAGUAUGACAGCCAUAUUAGCCAAGCCAGCUCCAAAAGUCAAAAUCGAUACUCUUGAAGAACUUGUGGACAGUUCUUUGACAUUGAGUGGAUGGGGUGAAAUAAACAGUGAAUUUUUCAAAUCGUCACCGGACUUGACUAUGCAACAAAUUGCACAAAAUUUCGUAUUAGUAAAUGAUUCGGAAAAGGCAGUUGAUCGUGUUGCAGAAGAUUCAUAUGCAUUUUACGAAAAUAUUCACUUUUUGAAAGAAUCUUUAGUAAAGAGACAACAGAGAUUUCAGAAACAAUUAGUCGAAAACAAAUCGAAUCAUUCAGAAAAAACUGGGAAAAAAGAAGAUAGAAUGCUGCAUAUCAUGAAUGAAUGCAUAAUCAACAUGCCUGUUUCAAUUGGGUUGCAGAGAAAUUCUCCAUUGAAACCCAGAGUUGAUAAAUAUAUGAGGAGAGUUAUAGAAGCAGGACUGAUUCAUAAGUGGCUUGAUGAUGUGAUGCAGAACAUCUUGAAUGCAGAGGUUCAGACUGAAGUCUCUGGUAAUUCGAAGGCUUUGAUGAAUAUGAGAAAGUUUGCAGGCGCACUGGUAGCCCUGUUCAUUGGUUAUAUCAUAAGCAUCAUCGCACUUCUGGCUGAAAUUAUUUACUUCAAGAGAGUUAUAGUGAAUAACGACAAUUUCAAUAAGUACUCUAGAAGAGUUGAGCUACCUAUACUCAGU